AAUGUGGUAAAGUCAUCUUAAAAUGCCUACAAAACUUGCAAAAAAAGAAGUUAUCGCCUUUGCGCAUCUUUUUUUAGCGUUAAUAUGCAUGGGAAUUGUUACAUGCUUGUCUAUGGUGGUUCGUUUUCCUCAAGAUUUUCCGAUUUUCUGGCUUCAAGUUAUGAUGUGUGCUACGGCCAUAAUUAUUAGCAUUUUUGCAUUCAGUACUUGGUUCUAUAAUUCUAACAUAGCAAGGACACGUCUUGAAGUUCGAAUUUAUACCAUCAUUGUUCAAUGGAUCCUUGUUGUAUUCGACUUCAUUGCGUGUUUAGUUUGCUUCAACAUUUUUUGUUAUGGUACAAUCUAUGAUGGCUUCGACGAAAAUAUUUUUACGUACCAAAAAUACUCAAUGCUUAUUGGAUGCAUUUAUUUGGGUAUAAUAAUCUGCAUACUUUUGGCCAUUUUUACCGCAUAUCUGACAAAAAUUGCUCUGCAGAAAAAGAGAAGAAUGGAUCGCGCAUGCCGUCGUAGUCUUCUUCGUAGAAACAAUAGCAAUGCGAGUAGUCACAGUAGUUUUAACGACACAACUCGUUAUGCGAGACAUCGUUAAAGGAUACAUGUGUUCAUACACUCAAAAGUAUAUAAGUUUUUAUUUAAAAUCAUUUAAAAGCAGUUUUACAAAAGACACAUUUCAUUCAAUAUUAUAUAAAAACUGUUGAGAACAAAUCUAUAUAUACAUAUUAAAAAAUUUUAAAUUGUUUUA